AUGGCAGUAUCUACGGCGAUGUUUUUAUUCGAAGUAGUUGUUGAAAAUGUAAAAAGUUUGGUGGAAAGUCGACAGAUGAUGAUAAAAAGCGAGUUUGCCGAUAUAUUUUCUUUAGAGUUGAAAGACCCUAAACAGAUGCACAUUGUUAUGCCUGAACCUCCUCCUCUACCACCCGAGCCGCCGGGGAAGAAGGGAAAAAAACCAAAACCACCCAAAAAGGGGAAAAAGGGAAAAGAAGAAGCCCCACCACCCGAACCUGUGAUACAAUCCGGACAGUCAGUAUUAUUCACUAGUAGUGCAGAGUUCUUGAUUCAGUCUAUGAAAAAAUUUCCAUUAGAAUUGUCUUUGUGGAGUAGAGAAGACAAUUUUUCUUAUAUUGGAACCACAUAUGUCCCAUGGGACCCUAAAUUCUAUACUUAUUUAGAAAAGAUUUGUAAUUCUGAAGAACCACCUCCAGUCACUUUAAACGAAGAAUAUAACAUAUUUGAGGAAGGAACCGCAAAGUUGAUGACGAAAAUAUCAAUACAAGUAAAAUUAACAUACCUCACUGAUAAAGUUACAACUUGCUUUCGUACGCUAUCUGAAGAUCCAUUAGUAAAAAAAGUUCUGUAUACGGGACUCAAUUCAAAAACUACUUCCUACAUGUGUACUAUGAAAACGACGGACGAAGAUUUCGAAGAAAACUGUAACAAAGUGGAAAACAAUUACAUUGUCGAUAAACCAAAGCCCGCCAAAAUUGUAUACGCUGACUUUAAAAAUGCACCUGGUGCUAAUCUCACAUUCUUUAACGAAGGAGACUAUUGUUGUAUGAGUCACGCGGAUAAAGCCCCAGAAUCAAUAUACAAAGCGCCAGAAACGUGUCCAAAUAUUGAUUACAUUAUAGAUUAUGUUCGGAAAAUUAUUGUCUCCUGUAAUGAUAACAUGAGAAUGUUGACACCUCGUCCAUCUAUAAAGCCGCGAGUCAAAGCGACCGAUAUAGACAGACUAUGUUACUGCAAAGAAACAAAUUGGCCUGAAGGGCAGUUCGCUGAAAGAUUUAAGAAACACGUGCAGUCCGACCCAUGCCCAAUGUGCAUUAAUGCUGGAAAAAAACCAGAAGGAUCUAGGGCUGCAACCUUUGACAUAGCUAAUAUAAGAGGCCCUUGUGGCAAACCAGACUGUCGAAUAGCUAGAGAUCUGAGAGCAUAUAUUGAGAAGCUGGUGGAAGAAGAUAAUAUGGAAAUAGAUAUAAAUGAUAUCAUAGGACCAUGUGGCAGCAAUAAAUGUACUCUUGCUGAAAAAAUCCAACAGUUCUUACGGCACGAGGGAGUAUUUAGCCAAGGUAGUAAUUUGGAGGGCUUAUCAACACAAUGCGCUUGCAUCAAACAAAUGCAAGAAGCUUUAACCAAGAAAGAAGAGGUGUGUGACGAAGCUUGUAGCAAAGACUGCGAAAACAGUGACAGCGAUGCUAGUCGUUGUGAUGGUGAAGCGUGUCCACAUAAGAAUGUUCAAAAAAUAUACGACGUCUAUUAUUUCACAGUCGAGCAUGAUUUUGAAAAAAGUUCCGGGACAAGUUCACCCCCAACUGAUACUGAUAAGUCUUCAAAGUUUAAAUAUUGUUCCACCGACUGCCCUAGCGCUAAAACGUCAGAAAAAGUAUCUUGUUCAAAAACUACUUGCUCUACAUUAAAUAAAAGGAGCGAAGAACAUGUUGACGGCGGUGAUGAUAAAUGUAAAGAACCCGAGUGUCCGGUGAUAGGGGCGUUCCCACCCAGUCCUGCAGAUAGUGACAUAGAAAUCAAUUUGGAAGACAUACACAAUCCAUGCUGCGUGAAAACGUGCGAUGUUGCAGAAAAAGUGAAAGAUUUCAUAGUAGACGGUGUUAUGAGUAAGAAAAAGAGAAAAGUUGAAGACGAUGACCCGUGUUAUUGCGACUGUGUAUGUACUUUUAAGUUUAAUAAAAACACCACGUAUUGUGCUGUCUGUGGAGGUUACGAAUGUCUGGGUGAAGAUGUAAAAGAAAUGCCAGAGUAUGCAAGACCCCAUCCAUGUCCCGUUUACCAUAAAUUAUAUGAUAAGAAAUAUAUUAAAACAAAAAGUCCUUGGCCAGACGAAGAUCCUAAUUUAAAACAACCUGACACUGUUAGUAAUAAAAGUUCAAGAACUACUGGUUCAAAGCUUGCAUCUGGGGAAAAAAGACUCACCGUAUCACGUUCUAUGAAAUCUAUAGAUAGAAAAUCAGAUAAGAAAGAAAAAAGUGCGGAAAAGGUAAAAAAAAGUAAAGAAGAGAAAAAGAAAGUCGGAAAAUUUACGGCAAAUGUACCCGAAUCGACGGCGCAAUUAGUACCGGUAGAAAAAAAGCCUGAAAUUAAGUACCCUUAUCCACCAGUCCCAAAGAACAUGGGGUGGAAUUGGACCGCAGAAGACAUUCCUGGAAUGAAGCCACGUCCUAUGUGGAAACCUGGCGCAGCUAAUAAAAUACUAGUCAGAAGAUACAGAGCACUACUCGAAGGUGUGGAUGUGGUAGCCAAAAAGAAACGUGCCAUGAUGCAGAGAAAAAAAAAGACCGACAUUAAGCCCACCUUGAUAGUUAAAAAAGAAGAUGGAGAGUACACCGUUCAAAUGGAAGUAUUUAAAAAGUAUUCAAAAGAGCGUCUUUUGUUCCAAAAUCCAUAUGAAGAUAAACUACCCAUUGUGUAUACAAUAGGCAAAACAGAAGAAGAAAAAAUGAAAAUUAGAAAACAACGCGAGAGAAGAGAACGCCGAGAAACAAGAAGAAAGAGUCGUUUACUACAAUCUACGUUUAGAGAUAAGUGUCAAGAGAUCUGUUUAAAAGCCUACAAUCAAGCCAUAGGUUUAUUACCCGUUCCAGACCCUAAUAGCCCCGAUUGUCCCUGCCAUACAAGUGGUGUGCAGAAUAUCAGCCCCCCUGUAGAUUCUUGUUCUUGCUCAGACGAGGGGAGCAUAUCAAGUAGUGAUACAGAUGGAGAUGAAUGGGAAAUACAAUUUUCGCCGCCAGCUGCUCGUUAUGAUGCUAAAGCAAAGCAUCCACCGGUUUUAAUGGAUAACGAAACUCAAUACACCUAUUUGGACUAUAAAGUGAAAUUGCUCGACAAGAGUGGCAAUCAAGUGCCUAGGUACUUCAAAGGUCCUGACGGUAAACAGGAAUGCAGUGACUUGGGCGGUUUUUGGGGCCCCGGUCACGUGUGGUUGGAGAUUAAUAAGGACGGUUACAUUGGACCAGACAUAAGAUGGGUUCCAAUGAACUUCACUGGUCCUGAUGGAAUGUAUUACUCAGCCGAAGAGGGAUUCUUUACAGAUAACAGUGGUAAACUAUUAAAAAUCGGAAUAGACGGGUACAUAGAUAAGGAUGGGAAAUGGGCCUGGUAUUCGAAGCGAAGAAGUGCUAGAAGUCCAAAAUCUACAGUGACUGGAACUACAGUAGAUUCGAGAAAAACAGCGCGACCCGAACCAUACUCUAAAGGUACAGGUGAUGCAAAACCAAAAGGCAAUGUGCGUGUGCAGGCCAAGGACACGACAAAGCCAGCACCCAAGAGAGGGAUAGAUAAAGCAAAAAAAACCGUCUCGUACUCAUCCAAAGCAAAGACACCGUUAGUAAUGAGCGCUUCAGUUAACUAUGAUAAGUACAGACUGCCACAACAAGAGUAUCCCAAGUGUAAAAUCGAGGCAAAAACGCUAGCAAAAUAUAAAGAAAUCAUGAAGGAUCUCUCAAUGUAUGACGAUUUAAUGUUUGAUGUGAAACCGCCGAUGAAGACCAGUAGGGCGUCGAAUACACCAAAGAAAAAGAGUGGCGUAUGCCCGACUUUUGGUCGACCACGAAAAACUGUAUCCCAUCUGUCUGAUAUAAUAUCUAUUGCGAAUAAAACUAAUCCUUCUAAUGGUUGUCUUAACAUCCUUUAA